CUCUUUAGAUUAGUUGAAAAGAUGCACUGCACUCCUCGUUAAAGUAACUGUUUUAAAAUCGGUUUGGCCUGUCUCUCAUUUACACCAAGCCCUUUUUAUCCCAGUGUAAAGGGGCCUUAAUGCAGGUGUACCUGUAAUUUAGUCCCGUAUUAAGACCCUUUUACACGGGUGGUGUAAGUGAGAAUCAGGUCCUUUGGCAACGUCACUUGAUUAGAGGACAUCCUGGUUUUAGAUUGCCGCGAGGCUGGGGAAGAUGGCGGCAGCCGGUCAAACCUUUGCAUACCUGGUGGUGCUCAGCAGCUUACAAGCUUUCGAGGCCACAGAGAUGCCGCACAAUCAGGUGAAUGGGAUUGUCCGUGGCACGGUGUAUCUAAACCCCAAACUGCCAGUCCCAGAGGAAUACAAGCAGAUCAUCUGGUGGUUCGAUGUGUCCCUAAAGAUCCUGACUAAAAAACGGGAUCAGCCAGUGUCUUACCUCAGUGGCUUUUUUCAUAAUAAACUGUGUUACCACGAGAAUCACACCCUGGAAAUUGUCCAGCUGCAGAAGCAAGACAGUGGCAUCUUCCGGAUAGAAGUGGAGAACAACCAGAGCAAGACGAAAAGUGAACUUAUCCAACUGAAAGUGUACGAGCCCGUCCCUAAGCCCAGUGUGAAAGUCACUAUCAGGGCCAACGAAGAUGGAUGGUGCAAUGUCACCCUGGAGUGCACUGUGAACGCCACCCAAGUGGCCUACCACUGGUACAAGAAUGAAAAGGAUUUUGUGGGCAAAAAUAGCAGCACACUGGACGAUCAGUUAAAGUCAGAAAGUCACGCAUCUUACAAAUGCGUCGUCAGCAACCCCAUCAGCGAAGAGGCGGGCUUGGUCUAUUACAGAAGCCCUUGCACAUGGGAUGAGAAGAACUCAGCCGUGCCCUUGUCCCUGGCUCGGAAGACCGCCGAUUCCAUCCUGGCGUUUGGAUUUCUCCUCCUCGUUCAUAACUGGGUCUAAGGCUGCCAUUCCGGUGAAAGCCAAGGGAACGCAACGAUCUCCUCGAUUGCCUGCGCUGGUCCGUUCCCGGGCAGACCUGGUGAAACGCACAAGACCAAAACGAACUCCUGAAAUAACGGUGUUAGACAGAUAUCCACCAUCUUGGCCAGCACACUGGGGAUUGAACCAGGGACUUAGAGAACUAAGGAGAAGAUGAUGUUGCGGAGACAAGGCCCACUACUUGGGUGCUAUAAUAGCCUCACUUUCUCUGCAGAUGGAGAUGGGGGUGCGGGGAGGGAUCCUGGCUGUUUGCUGGAUAAGAACAAAGGUCCUAAGUCAGUUUAAAUUCAGGCUAUUUAUCCAAAAGUCCUUCCUUUGUUUGUUGGGAUCUGGAGAAUCAGUUUAAAAGUGCAACCGCUCCAGGUUGUGGGCAUAGUUGCCAACUUUCACGCCAUAAAUAAGCACCCUGACUUUUUUGAUUUAUUGUGAAUCAAGCUAAUCCCACUUCAAAACAAGGCCAAAACAAGCCAAUCCCUAAGUACCUCAACACUCUGUGUGACUAGGUCCCCCCGGCAUGCAGUCUGGGACUGUGGUGGGCCCACUGUGUACCCCUGACUCUCUCCCCACCUUGCCCCUGUUUGCCCCUUGCCCCCCUUUAUUCCCCUUUGCCCCUGCUUGCUGGGAGCAGAUUAAAAAAAAAAAAAAGAAGCAACAAGCUACAAGCCAAAAACUAGCCAACAAGCAACUCGCAAGCCACUUAAGCCAAAGACAAGCCCAAUUUCUGUGGUUUUUUUUUCACGGGUUGGGCAUGUCUGGUUGUGGGACCUCUUUGGAGGUGUUACAACCUGAGGGAUUUUGCAUAACAACCCCCCACUGUUCUGAGUACCUGGAGAAGCUGUGGCCUCCCUUCCCGGAGGGAAUUGACAUACAAGCCAGAGCUGCAGAAGAGCUGGUCUCUCUCACCAACAGAAAUGGGUCCAAUAAAAGAGAGAACCUCCCUCACCUUGUCUCUCACACCAACUUGUCCCUGGCACACAGCGAUACAUAAACUUAAUUCAAGAAGGUUAACCUGUAUUCAGUAGGGUUUGUCCAGGAAAUUGCCACACCUGUGACAAAUUAUGAGGGACCUGGGAGAAAGGAAACAGACCAGGGAGAAAGAAAUAUCUGGGAAGCCUGCAGAGAGAUGAGGGCAAGGAGGGCUCUCUUCCCAACUGGGGACGAGCUGGGAGAAGGGGACCAACGUACAGAGGAGAGCUGCAGACUCCUGUUUUAAGGAGAGAGGUAACAACUGCCUGAAUUAACCUGCUCCAGGAGGAGGGUGGGGGUUUCUGCCGCAAGGAGAGACUGGGGGGUAGCCCAGGCUGGGAACAGGGCUCAUGGGGUGGGCUUCAGAACAACUCCAAAAGCCAGGAGAGCCUCUGCUUUAUUAAAGAUGUUUGUUCUGGAUUAUUUGGCACCAGCUUUUAUUAGGAAUCUCGCCCCCUGGGGAGUAUUAUUGAGUCAAGAGGCCUGAAGUGGAGUUACUGGGUUCCUGAGAAGGGAAAGUGAGGCAGGGAAUGCCACACUUAGCCAGAAGUGGGUGAUGCUGCAGGGCAGUCACACCCCAGGACAGUAACAAAAGGGGCAGAAGCAUGAAAGAAAGAGUGAGCAGGAAACAAACAAAUACUCAUGGCUAAGCUGCCAGUGUAAUGGUGGUGCCCACAACUCACGCUGCUUGCUUGUGGCUGUGAUACUUCGGGGAAAUCUCUCUGUCUAAUUUCUGACUUUGGUGUGAAGUUAUGAACUUGCUGUAUGUACCUUUACCAAUAUGGAGCAGCCUCUUGGCCUCUCUGUUGUCCUUUCAACUCCAUGUCGGAGCAUUAGGGGGUAGGGGCAGCGGCCUAACAGUAGGGGUCAUUUAACUUAAGUGCUCAGCCAUUGAAAUGUGAUCACUCUAGACAACGGACUGGCUCCAAACUAGGCUAGCUGGGUGAGGUUGCCUGGCAGUGAAGACACCUAUUGAGGGUGACAGGGGAGUCACCUGACAGAGGAGACUGGAAGGUUACAAAAAGGGAGGCACUGAUCUAGUUGGGGAUCUUCUUCCUUAGCUCAAGAAAGAUGGGAGAGAAGCAAUGCAACAUGUAGGUGCCUAAGGUGUGAGCCCUGCCUACCUACCUGCACAUAGAUGGACCAGGCACUGAAUUAGAGACCAGGGCUCUAGUCUCAGCUCUGCCACUGACCUACCAUGGGCAAGUCACUGUGCCUCUCUGUGUCUCGGUUUCCCCUCCUAACUUUGUCUGUCUGGUUUCUUUAUACUCUGCAGAUCGGGGACAGACUGCUUAUAGCACCUAGCACAACAGGGCCCUGAGCGUUCUUGUGGCCUCUCACACUACUAUAAUACUAACAAUAAAAUUGAUUGUGAAUCGAGACCCUUUUUAUUGGUUAGCAGAGCGUUACCUAUUGCCCUCAGCAUGUGAGUCUGUUUGUUGGAUGCAAAUAGCUGGUUUUGAUGAGCAAUUUUCAGGAACUGUUCAGUUCCAGCUCUUUCUAAUUGAUGGUUAGUGACUGGUUGCGAGGUCCCAUGGUAUCAUUUUUGCCCUCUGGUUAGGUACCUGAAACUGUCUUAGAGAAAUAUCUGGGAUAACAUUUUAGAUGACUAACUAUUUACAGUAAAAGUCUAAGAAUCUUCCAGUAUUUGCAAACAUUUUCAUAAUGACCUGGUAGUUCUCCAAAUAAUCAUGACUAAGAUAACAGUAAGUCCUACUGAAUGGCAGACAAUGCUGCAGAAAUAAUAGCAUGCAAUCAUCUAAUUAAUUAAACUAAAGCAGACUCACUAGGGGCAGAGUUAAGGUUGCAUGGACAUCACCAGUUAGAACAUUUGCAGGCUUUCGAGUGCAGAGAUGCAUGAAAUAUUUCAGGCAAAAAACUUUUAUUUGACAAAAAUGCAGAUUUGGGCAGACCAAAAUUCUGAAUUCUGGUUGAUUUUGGUGAAUUCUUGCUCAAGAAUAAAGAAACUCGGAAAAGUCAGAACAAGCUGUUUCCGAAAGAUGUUGUGGAAUUUCCCUCAGAUUUAUUUUAAAAAUUCUUUAAAAUGUUUUUUAAAAACUCCAAAUGAAACAAAACAGUUCAGGUCAUGUGAUAAGUUUCAUUUGAUUCAAAAUGAUUUUUUUUUUUUGAUUUGCUGAAAAUUUUUUUGGGAGUCAUCAAGUCCAGGUCCCUGCACUGAGGCAGGACCUAAUAAACCUAGACCAGCCCUAACAUAACCAACCUGUUAUGUAUUUUCCCCCACUAUGGAAUGCACGCAUGGAUGCUACACAUACACACUCCUGUCUUUUGUGUGGUUCUGAAUGUUCUCAAUCAGUUACGCUCCAAACAUCUUUGUCCUGCUCCUUCCCUAUGUGUUUACAUAUUUAAUGCCAGUGGCCCUCCAUUUCUGGUCCUUCCUGUAUGCAAACUGGUGCUUAGACUAAAUAAAUACCUACAAGGUCA